CGCGCUAAUGGAGGAUGUGAACGGAAUAAUCUGGGAGAGAUACGGGGAUAUGGACCUGAGCACGCGGAAGUGUUUGAAGUCUGCAGAUCAGAUUCCUUUCCGUAUGAUGCAGUUCGAUAUUGCUGAGUCUCGUCUCCUUGCCGAUCGUCACAAUAUCAAGUCCGUCCCGAUGUACCUCAUCUACUCCAAAGGCAAGCUUGUCUACGCGUCAAACACGUUCACCAAGCGCUACGACGCCAAGGUGGAGGACCAUCAUCCGAGUCUCGACAGGAUGUUCGAGCCCGUGCUCAAGAAGGCCUUCGGGCUGACGACUGAUGACGUCAUCAGGACGCUCGAGCAGGCGAAGAGCGAUGGGGCCAAGGGACUUUUCUUGCCCCACGACCUCAAGUUCGGUGCUCCUGCUUCGUCGUUGGGUGGAGCUUCUGCUCUAGCGAAGAUCAUGCCCUUCCCCUCGCCGAACUUUGCCAAUCAGAAGAAGAAACCGCUCCUGCGGUCCGUAGUAUGUGAGCCCACAGCCGUCGAUGGAAUCUUGUCUCGCAUGGAAUUCACCUUUGGCAAAUCCGGAAAAGUCGAAUCGUGACACUUUGCAUCCCUUGUUUCAAUCACUUGUAAAUAAUCUCAAACUCUUAUCAUGAAUCAAUUGAUCGAAAACUUCUUGGGGUUGAAAACUGCAUUCAGAAUCUCCAGCUCUGCCUGCGCCUUUACCAUGCCUUCUUUUACGUUCUCAAGAGCGAUUUUCCUGCAGAUGAGCGAAUUCUCAUAGUGUAAAAUCUCUGACUUCAACUUUGUCCUUUCGUUCACUCGCUCUAACUGGCUGUGGACGAUACUCAAAACGCUUUCUAACUUCUGUCGUUGUUCUCUCAACGUUUUGAAAAAGGGAGAGUCGGAAGUGUCAUAGGUCGUCUCAGUUGAAUGAUGCUGUUUGGGGUAUGAAGAAGACUUCUUAAGAACAACUCCUUGACUCGUCUUCAACAUAACAAUCUGUUCUCUUAUGCUCUCCAGCUCGUUCUUUGCAUUUUCAAACUCCUUGUCGUGCGCAUCAAACUCUGCUUUCUUCUUCUUAUGCAUGUCUCGUAAUUCUUCUAUCGGCAUAUCAUCCCACGAUGACUUUUCUGUCUCCCCCUCUUCUGGAUUCAUGAGCUUUUCUUGCAGCUCCUCUAUCGUGUACACUGCG